AUCUGUGCAGGCUGGAGGGCUGCCAGCAGUAUGGGUCUAUGGCCAGAGAGGGAACUUGCCACUGCUAGAAGCAGAAGUGAAAGGCAGGCAGAAGUGAAAGCAGAGGCUAGAGCUGCUUCCCAUGCAGUUCCCCUCUCUGCAGAGUGCCCCGGAGCACCCAGAAGCACAGCCAUGGAGCCUCUCUCCUUCCAGGAAUACAUCUGCUCCCUGGACCCAGCCACCUUGCCCCGCAUCCUCAGGAUUUGCUCUGGUGUCUACUUCCAAGGGUCCGUGUAUGAGAUCUCGGGCAACGAAUGCUGCUUGUCGACGGGUGACCUACUGAAAGUCAUGGCCGUGGUGCUGCAGAAGGUUGUUUGUGAGGACACAGAGACAGGGCAGACAACGGAGCUGCCACCGACGUUUAAGGGUCUUUUCCAGCCUGCCCCAGCCUGGGGGCCGUACCAGACACUGCGGGGACACUUCCCAGAGGGUGGCAGGCAGCAGGGCCUGACGUUGCACCAGGCGCUGGGGCGGCGGGACGGGCGGCUACAGCCCCUGCUGUGCCCCGCCGUCGGCCCACACGCCCUGCUCCUGCGCCCCGUCUACGAGGUGCACGCCGCCAUGCACCUGCGCCGGGACGUGGUGAAGAUCCCCUCCACGCUGGAGGUGGACGUGGAGGACGUCACGGAGGAGGCGCAGCACAUCCACUUCGCCCGGCCGCUGCUGCUGAGCGAGGUGCUGGGGAUGGAGGACGUGCUGCCGGCCCAGGCCGAGAUCCUGGAGGGUCCGGCCGGCCCUGCUGUCUUCAAGAGCGCCUGGGUGCCGCGGCUGCAGCGUGGGCAGCAGCUGUGGCUCCACGGCUGCUCCCGCGCCUGGCGAGUCCUGGCCUCGGCUCCCGGCAGCGGCCGCCAUUUUCUCCUGUCCGGCACCUACCAGGGCCGGUUCCGGCUGCGGCCCCGGCAGUUCACGGGGGUGCAAGAGCUGGCGGCCGGCCUGCAGCCCGGCCAGCGGCUGCGCGUGGUGGUGACGCGGGACUGCGAGGGCCGGGGGGACGAUGUGCCCCCGCUGGGCGUGGGCGACCGGCUGGAGCCCCGGGGGCUGCAGGGGACCGGCCCCAGCACCCGGCUGCUCUGCCACCGCCACGGCGAGGAGGAAGAGGAAGGCAGGGAGCUGCUGCUGCCGCUGGACCUGGGGGGCGGCUUCGUGGAGGAGACGUGCGACAGCAAGAAGUACGGGCUGGCAGAGCUGCUGGAGCGGCAGGCGCUGCCCUGCGAGGUGCGGGUGGUGGCCCCCGACCCGGGGCUGGAGCGGGACGCCCUGGGCGCCCUGCCCGCCCUGCGGCUGGAGGCCCGCCUGAACCAGCCCUUCCUGGUGGGCAGCUUCUGCCAGGAGCCGGAGGAGGGCUUUGAGAUCCCGCCGCGCUGGCUGGACUUCUCCCUCCUGCUGAGCGAGGGGCCCGUCCGCCCCCCGGCCCCGUGCACCCGCCGGUCCCGGGUGGAGGAGCUGACCGAGGCCUUCUACUACCAGCUGCUGGCCCAGCUGCCCGGCAGCGCGGCCCCCGCCGCCCCCCGCGGCCCCCCCAAGCCGGCGCAGGCAGGGACGGGCCCUGGGGGAAGGCGCCCCUCGGCCCCCGUCCCCCCGCCAGUGAGCGCCCGCCCAGCUCCUCCGCUGCCGCCGCUCCCGGCGUCGCCCCGACUGAGCACCCCCCGCCAGCACGGCCGGCGGGGACCUCCCAGGGAUGCAGGCACGGAGAGCAACAGCACAGAACAUGAUUACGAAACUGUUGAUGACAACAUUCAAAAGACAAUUUGCAAAAUGCAGGCAAUUUUUCCUUUCUAGUCCUUUAGUUCCUGGAAGACACCCAGCCUCCAAAUACUCUGAGACCUUACAUGACAUUGGUUGCUUGCAGAGGCUAAAUACAGCCCUAGGGAUCCACAGCGCAACCUCCAACUAACUGCCUCGAUCCUGCAGAAAGGUGCCCGCUUUCCUUAAAGGCAAGCGGCCUGUAUGCCAUCAGGGCAGCCCCGGGCACAGAAUAAACCCCCGAGUUGUGCUGUGGGCUGCGUCCUCAGCUGUCACCUGUGGGACUCUCUGACAGCACCAGACCAGCAUACAGCUGGGCGGCCACCAAGAUGGCACCGAGAUGCCAGCCCAGGCCCUGGGACACGGAGCUCACUGAGCUCCACUGUGGUGCCAUGGUGUCUGGGCUGGGAUUACAGAUGCUUCCAGAUGGAGAUGCUUUGAGGCCAGCAUGUCCAGACACUGUUGGCACAUGGUGUGGGAUGGGGUUUGGAGGAGACAUGACAACAUACUUCACAGAGUGCAAGCUAUGCCCCAGCUGGGGCUCAAACCAUGGAGUGACAUGUUGUUACAAUUGCAUGUCAGAAACGCACUUUCAUAAGGCAGAAGCUGCAUUUUUCUCAAGUACAGCCAAACAUGCAUCUCUCUCUAGCCUAAUUUCUUACCAAGGUUGUAGAAACACUGUAAAAACGUUGUGGCUUUAGGUUUUGCUGGUUUGCUCAUCCAUUUUUUGCUCAUCCACUUGCAUCUGGAAGCUAUGUCUGUCCUAGACCUCCACUGUCCCCUCCUGCUUGCGAGCAUGCUCAUUGCAGUCUUGCAGAUUCUUGACACCUACAAAGGCCCCUGCUGCACUCAUGGCAUUGGAUGCAAAAAAUGACCUGAAACCAAAUAAGGACCAAAGUUCAACUCUUCUUUUCCUGGAAGUUUGGCAAAGCCCCAGGAAAGCGGCAAAGACUUCAUAGUCCUGAUGUGCAUUAAGAGAAGAGAGCUGACAAGGGGAGAGCUUUACACCAAAAGCGAGCAGGCAUUUCAAUCCUGCAUCACACACUGCACUCCUCUUUCAAAUCAGAGCUGGAAAAUAAAUUUUAAAUUUCAUUUAAGAUCAAA